AUGCUUUGGCUUCAAGCGCUCUGGCUGCUUCUUUUCUCCGCCCUCUCAUUCUUUCAAUCGUCCGUCCUCGCCUCGUCUUCCACCUCCUCCCAGACCAUCGAUAUCUUUUACUGGCCUCUCUCCGCCGCUUCACCUGCACAACCCUCUAAGCUCGCCGAAAUAUCCUACGACCCAAUUACACUCCAGUCCUCCGUCCGCUCGUAUACCCCGCCCUCUCCCACGCAAUCAAACAACGAGCUCCUACGCGUCGGCCUCUUCACUGAUCAAACCCGAAAGCACUGGGUGGGAAGCUUGUCGUCAUUUUCAGUGUUUAGUAACAGCACCAUUAUUCCGUCAUUGAGCUUGUAUCUUAGCCCCGAGAAUGAAGUCUACAACGUCGCGGUUUCCCCCGCGGCUUUAGGGACCGGAGGAAAGAAUCAAAAGCUCAAUGUGGAAUUUGUUGGAUCAACUCCUGCGCCCACGCCGCAUUUGAAUAGGCCCAUUGUGGUGAGGCAAGAUGGUGAGGAGGUUGAACAAGUUGGCGAGAAAUCGCUUCUUCAAAAGUAUGGUUUUACGUUUCCCGGCCGGUGA